GCGGCAACUUGACGACACACUUGUGACGUCACACGAGCUUCGCCGAUUGACAGAAGCCGAUAAGGUAUUGCGAACAGUCAAGUCGUUUAUACUAAAGGGUUGGCCGCAAGGAAAACACGUGGAACCAUGCUUGAAAGCGUACGUGGCAAGAAAACUUGAGUUGACGGUUGCGCAUGACCUCAUCUUCUGGGGCCAUAGAAUAGUCAUUCCUGAGGCUGCGCGCGAGAGGACGCUUCAAAUGCUGCACGAGACGCAUCAGGGAGCAUCGGCUAUGAAAGCGGUCGCGCGAACAAAUGUGUGGUGGCCGGGACUAGACCAAGAAAUCGAACACUUGAGUAAGAAUUGCCAUAUAUGCGUGCAAGCAAGGCCGUUGCCUCCAGCGAAGACACCGAUGAACUGGCCGCCAACUCAAGAAAACUGGUCCCGCGUUCACCUCGAUUUUGCUGGUCCAGUGAACGGUACCAUGAUAUUAGUGGCAGUGGACUCGCAUUCCAAAUGGAUUGAGGCAGUGCCUAUGCAACAUGCCACAGCUGAAUCUACCGUCACGUCCUUGCGUGAAAUGUUCAGUCGCUUUGGCAUUCCUAGGACGAUUGUUACGGACAACGGAACGCAGUUUACAUCGGAGACGUUCGCUAAGUUCUUGUCCGGAAACAACGUGAAACACCUUCGAACUGCACCAUACCACCCACAGUCGAACGGGCUCGCAGAAAGGGCCGUACGUACAAUCAAAGACGGCCUCAAGAAGCUUCCGCAUGGUAGCCUGUCUACAAGACUGACCAGGCUUCUCUUCAACUAUCGAAGAACACCGCAAGACGACAAGUCACCUUCGCAGAGGCUUCUGAACUACCAGAUUCGAUCUCGUUUAGACAUGUGUCUUCCUCCGCCGUUGUCUUUUCCUUUAUUUUCGCAGGAAGACACGCCAUGCAGAUUUGGUCCAGGCGACGCAGUUUGGGCCCGGAACUUCGGAGAUGGGGAGAGGUGGCUACCUGGCACAAUCAAACAACUGAACGGCGCCCGUAUGAUGACCAUCGAGACAUCAGCCGGGCUACUUGAGCGCCACAUGGACCAGGUUCGUCUGAGGGACAGCUCCGCGGCUGCAACAAGCGAAACAGUUGCCGGGUCAUCACCUCAAACUCAAGUCAAGCCUAAUGAAGCCUCAUACACCGAAGAAUCAGCUGCGCCUGCGCUACGGCGUUCGACGCGAGCUAAGAAACCAGUGCAGCGGUAUCCACCAUAAGAAGGAAGGGCUGCUGCAAAGAAGAUUGCGCUUUACGUGCGCGCGCAUGGCUGCUUACUGUAUAAAGAUAGCGUUUGUUUAUGCGUGCACCGAGUCGCAGCUGAUUGUACAUACAUGAUAUGAUUUCACGGUGGCUAUAAAAACGAUAGCCGCCUCUAAUAAAGGGUUCUUGUU